GUUUCAACAAUAAGUUUGAUUUCAAAGAAACUUUCUCCUUUUCCUCCACAGAUGGCUCCUAAAGCAAAGUUCAUUUUCACCCCACGCACGUUGAUCAGCCUGAACGACCUUGUCAUGGUGUACGAGGACCGUUCAGGAGAGGACGGUUGUGCCAUCCACUGUGACCUGGUGAUGUUUGUCAACCUCCUCACCCUGAUGCUCACGGUUGAUCCUCGUGACAGGAUCAGAGCCAGUGACAUUCUGCAGCACCCAUUCCUUACAAUGAGCCACCUGAACGGCUCCUUCAGCAACAGCUACUAUGUGAAAUCUAGCAGAGAGCUGCUCAGCAUCUGUCAGAAUCAGGAUCAGUUUGAUAAGGGAGAUAAUGUUACCCUGACAACGCAGCAGAUGAACCUGGGUCAGGAAACCUGGACCAACACCUCCAGCCUGAGCAGCAGGAGCAGCCUGCCAAAAACACGAGGAGACAUGCCCGUCUUCCAGUCCAUCAUCACCCGAGCAGCAAGAAAAAUGAAGAGGAGCACCGAGCACGAGACGCUGAGGAAGAGGCAGAGGGAUGACGUCGAUAAUUGCAAAACCUAGAACCAGGAGGCAGACGCUGAUGUGGAGAUCGGAUGAUUCAAGCAAACCUUUGGAGAGACAACAGGAGGAGGGAGGAGAGGGGGAGUGGAAGGGAAUAAAUAAACUUUUUGUCUGAAAGACAGAAAUGUUUAUUUUUGCUUCAAUCUGAAUCAGGUUCCUGCGCUGGGCCUUGUGUCUCCUUCACCUUAUCCACUCCCUGCCUCUUGUUGCCUCAUCUUCCCAGUGGCCUACUGCCUAGUAUAGCAGCAUCAGCAUCAGCAUCAGCAUCAGCGCAGUUGCUGGACUUAAUGAAGGAAGGACAGAGUUAGAUGAUAGUCAGCCCGCUGCUCUCUCUGCUCCUCCGGCAGCUACAGAAACUGUAUCUGUUCCACAACAUAUUAAUGGAU